AGCAGCUCACCUUCCGAAUGCUCAUCCUCGCCUUGUGCCGCGAGCGAAACCCUAGCAGGGCCCUCUUCUACCUCACGCGCAUGCUGGACGCCGGACUGAAGCCCGACAAGCAGCUCUUCCGUGCCUGCAUGCUCACACUCUCUGCACUAGGCAUCACCCGCGACGCCUUGGAGCUCUUCGAGCUGAUGCGGGAGAGAAGGGCCACGCGGGCGCUGAUAGACGCGGAUCUGUGCACGCUGCUGCUGGCAGCGCUGGGCAAGCGCGGGCUGCACCUCGAGAUGAAGCGAGUUGCUGCACUUAUGAGGAAGAUGUCGAUACCCCAUAGUGAGGAGUCGUACGCGCAGCUGAUCAUGGGGUAUGCACGGGCGGGCAUGUGGGGGGAGGUGGAGGGGAUAGAGGCAGAGAUGGAGGAGGAGGCCAGGCGAGGGAGGAGCAGCGUUACUGCUGCUGCUGCUGCUGCUGGUGCUGAUGCUGCUGCUGCUGCCGCUGCUGGUGCUGAUGCUGCUGCUGGUCGUGCUCAUGCUGGUGCUGCUGUUGGUGUCGGUGCCAGUGCUGGUUUUGGCACUGGUGCUUUUGCCUCACUUGGUGACGAUGUCGACAUUGAUAUUGUGCCGGCCGCAGCGAGGGACAGUGUGGCGGUGUGCAACGCGCUGGUGGUGGCGUAUGGCAGGGCGGGCAGGAUGGCGCAGAUGGAGAUGGUGGUGAAUAGGCUACGCGUGCUGUCACCAGAUGGCACGCUGAAACUGGAGUCGUACAACACCCUCUUGGAAGUGUAUGCCCGUCGCUGCGCCCGCGAUUCGAGGAAACGAGGCAGACACAGAGCCCCUUCUCCCCCUGCCGCCGCUGCUGCUGCUGCUGGUGCUGCUGGUUCGAUUGGCAGUAAGAAAAUUGAGCCGACAGUGGCGAGUGGUGGUGGUGGUGGUGGCAAGACAGGGAAUGCAAGAGCACGAAAGCGGAGGAGGCGGAGGAGAAGUGGAGCAACGGUCACCCAGAAAGAGGAUGAUGCGGCAAUGGAGAAACAAAAGGAGGAAGAUGAGGAAGAGGAGGAAGCUGAAAAAACGGCAGAGGGCUAUGUGGAAAGGGAUUUGGAGGAGGAGCAGGAGGGAGGGGAGGAGGAGGAAGAGGAGGAGGAGGUGAGAGCGCGGCAGGCGGCAGCGUUGGCGGAUGUGGCACGGGUGGUAAUGGAGGUGGAGGGAGCGGGGCACCGAUUCACCAUGCGCACCUACGCUGCUGUCAUGCAGGCGCUAGGCCUGGCGGGCCAUUUCGACCAGGUGAAAGGGCUGGUGGCAGCAGUGAGGGCGCAGGGACUGGCCCUCUCCCCUCCAGUCUACCGCAUGUUACUGGACGUGUUCGGACGAGGGGGCAGGCUGGGAGACGCCCUGCUGGUGCUGGAAGACUUGAAGAGGGCGCAUCCCGGCCAUGCUAAUCUAUCGGCUUACAACACUCUGCUGCUGGCCCUGCAAGACGCCCAUCCAGACCACAUGCUGGCAGUGCUCGCCCUCAUGGCCUCGCAGGGCGUGCUGCCCAAUCGCAACAGCCUGGCCGCCAUGCUGGCAGCAUGUGAGGCGGCCAACUCGCCACAUGGCGCUGCCAGGCUGUACCUCCGGGUGGUGGACACGUGGCAAGAGGGGCCUGGCCUAGAGGGAGGUAGUGGGUGUGACGGCAAAGCAGGGAUAGAGGAGAGGGAGGAGGAUGGAGGGAUCGAGGUGGGGCACGGAAUGGAGGGGGCGGAGGAGGGGGAAGAUGGGAGGAUAGUUGCAGAGCAGCGACAACAAGAGCAAGAGGAGCAGGGGGGACCGCAGCAGAAGCAGAAGCAGCAGCAGCAGCAGCAGCAGCAAGGGCCACGGAGCCCCGGGUUGGAGAUGGCAGAGAAGGUUCUGGGAAUGUGCCGAGACGGGCUGCUGGCCAGGGAAGCACAGAGGGUUAUGGAGGGCCUCCGGGCCAAUGGGGUCACUCCGUCCAGCCGGUGCUACAGCGACGUGAUUCACUGUCAUUCCGCCCUGGGUCAAUGGCAGCCAGGGCUCUCCACGCUCUCUCAAGCCCUCUCCCAUGGAUGCAUCCCCUCCUCCUCCUCCCUCCUCGCCCUCACCCACUCUCUCGCCUCCGCCGGCAACGAGCAAGCAGCCUACCAGGUCCUCCGCCUCCACUUCACUCAGACCGGCACUGUGGACCUCGCCCUCUUCUGGAGCGUGGGGCUGCGCGUGCUGGCAGCCGCAGGGAAAGAGGCAGGGGAGGAGUCAGCGGAAGAGGCGAGGUUUCAGCAGCUGCUUGGGGUCAUCGGGGUGUUUGGCAGCAACGUCCUAAUGGGGCUGGGGAUCCCUUACCCUGCGCAGCCGGUGCUGCGGUACCAAGGGCACGGGGAGGAGUUCAGAGCAGUGGCGGCGACCCCCCUGCAGGAGCAGCAGCAGCAGCAGCCCUUCACCCCGCGAUCUGCAGCAUCAGAGGCUUCAGACAGAAGCAGAAGCAGAAGCAGCGACGCCGUGCCUCGCACUCCCUCCUCCAACGCGCCUCACACGCCUCACGUGCCUCAUCCACGUCACAACACAUCUGACAGCAAUGAUCCCGUUUCCCACAGCCCGAACAGCAACAGCAGCACCAGCAGCAGCAGCAGCGGCGGCGGCAGGGCCAGGGGCAGCAACGAAGCAAGCUCUGCAACGCCGCCUAAGAAACCCAAGCAUGCGUCCGACACAGCUCCCGACGCCCCCCCUUACGAGCCCCUGAGAGCACCUGAGGCGACUGAGAGCGCCCUCCCCUACGAGGCGUCCAGCAUCAUCCUCGUCCUGGCGUCCGUCCUCUCCAUCCUCGUGGAGCGGGGCGACUUCGACGAAGCCCUGCACACGGCCCAAACCAUCGUCAACGAGCACCUAGAUGAGUACCUCAAUAUCGAGUACACCUCCCAAGACGCCCUCUUAACCAACCCGUACCCUGCUGGAAUCCCGGAAUCAGCGACUGCCACUACUUCUCAAAAUGGUGUUCUCCCAAGAACAGACCCCGCAUUCUUCCCUCUGGUGAUCGCUUUCUUUCAGCUGGCACGGCAAGUGCCGAUGGCCGAGCAGGGGGGGCAGGGGAACAAGUCCGUUCUCCUGCUGUUCCUCAUGUCGCUGGCGGUUAGGUGCGGCGCGCCCCCCUUGGUGUCGGGGUUUUUGGUGGCUGGAUGGGCCAAGGGGAAUCUGGAGAGUGAGGUUGCUGCUAAGGGGCAGGGGAACGGAGGGAGAGGGAGGAAGUCAGGGGAUGAAGGAAGGGUGAGAAAGGGGUUUGGAGGGAGAGGGUUUGACAAGGAUAAGAAGGGGUUCGGAGGGGUGAGGAGACCGAAACAGGAUGACAUGUCUGGGGUGGCACAAGGAGCAAUGGAGGGGAGGGAGAGGGACAAGGAGAGGAGGUUCUCUGAGGCGUCGGAGGGAGGGAUGAUGGAGGGGAGUGCGGGUGAGGAUGAGUGGGAGCUGCUGGCAUCUGUGGAAUGGGAGAAUCAAACACCUGGGGAAAAUGGCAAAACUCCUGGGGAGAAUCCAGCCGCCAGCAAGAGCACGAGCAGUCGCAAUGGCAGCAGCAGCAGCACAGCCAGCAGAAAACCUGCCGAUGUGGAUGCUGACGUGGACUCGGACAGCGCUGAUGAGGCUGGCACAGAAGCUGACAAGGCGAAGGCUGACAUGGAUGGCACGGAUGACGUGGACCCUCUCCAGGACAUUAAUUUCGAGGCCGACCCUCAGUCCAUGCGAGUUCCUCCCCGGGUCCUCUGGGAAUUCAAGACCUUCCUCACCCUUCCCCCCCGCCCGCUAGACUCCUGCCGGGCUGUCGCCAACGCUGUUGUCGACGCGGCCUACUGCCUGGGCCUGCGCCAAGCAGCUUCAGAGUUCUUCUACGCUGCGAACGAGGCUCGGAUGUUCCCGGACCUGUUCCGAGCCGAGGGGGAUGCCCUGGUGCUGUCGUUGCGGCUGGUGUCGCCGGCAGGGGCGGCGAUCGCAGUGGCCGGCCUCGUUCGUCUCUGGUGCAGCGAGUCCAGACACAUCCGAUCAGUGGUUACUGGUCAGUGUCAGGCUGGAUCAGAUCCAGGCACUCCUGAGGGGGGCAAGAAGGGCCAAGGAUCUGGCCAAGCAUCUAGGGACUAUACUCCAGGAUUGGGGGGUCCUAGGGGCUCGAUUCCAGGGUUUAGGGACCCUAUGGAAGGGGCGGGUCUGGGUGGGGCGUUUGGAUUGGGUACGGAGUUUGGGGUGCUGGAGUCUCUGCACGGGUUGGGGCAGGCUAUAGGUGGCAGGGCGGCAGGUGAGGGGAGAGGAGGGGGGGAGGGGAGUGGGGGGAAUGAGUGGAGUGGAAGGGGUGUUGCUGUAGGGGGGUUGGGUGGAAUACAGGAGGUGAGGAUUGAGAUUGCUCGGGAGGAUGAGAUGCUGUAUGAGCGAGGGGGGGUGGCGAUGUGGGUGUGGGAAACGUUGAAGGGUCUGGAGGUGCCAGGGGAGUUGGAGUCGGGGGUGGACGCAUGGGGGUGUGUGUGGCGGUGUGGGGUUGAGGACAUGGCGGCUUGGGGGGAGCGGCAGAGGGCAGGGUGCGCAACACAAGCUGGGGAUGGGGGUGUAUGAGCGAGGGGGGUGGCGAUGUGGGUGUGUGAAACGCUGAAGGGUCUAGAGGUGCCAGGGGAGGUGGCCUGGGGUGCGGAGGCGUGGGGGUGUGUGUGGAGGUGUGGGGUUGAGGAUAUGGCGGCAUGGGGGGAGAGGCAGAGGGGCAUCGGGCGGGGUGGAGUAUAUUUUUGAGGCGCCUCAAAAAUAGACUCCUCACGGCGGGGAGGAGAUGAGAGUGUAUGAGGUGCUGAGGGUCUGGCCUCGGCAGGUGCCUGGGGGAAUGGAGGAGCGAGAGCAGGCGUGGGGUUGAUGAUAUGGCAGCAUCGGGGAAGAGGCAGAGGAGCAUGGGGCGGGGAGGAGAUGAGAGUGUAUGAGGUGCUGAGGGUCUGGCCUCGGCAGGUGCGUGGGGAGGCAGAGUGGGGAGCGGAGGUGCGGGGGUGGAGAUGGAGGUGUGGGGUUGAUGAUAUGGCAGCAUGGGGGGGGGGAGGGAGGGAGGAGGGCAGCGGGUGCAGGGCAAGGGUGGGGCGGAUGAGGGCGGAUGAGAUAAUGAGGGAUGUUGGUAGUGGCUUGGACGUGCUGCUGGUUUGGAGGUGCUGCUGGUUUGGAGGUGCUGGUGGUUUGGAGGUGGACGAGGGAGAGGAGGCGUGGGGGUGUGUGUGGAUGUGUGGGGUUGAGGAUAUUAUGCCACGGGGGAGAGACAGAGGGCGGAGAGCGUAGGGAAGGGCUGAGAUCGUGAGUCGACUCAAGAGUCACUGCAUACUUCUACUGAGUUGUCUCAAAAGUUAGCUUGUUGCCGUACUGCUACUGCUCUGAGACUGGGUGUGUGAGACCAGAUUUUGCUGCUCUUGUGCUGCAUCCAACAGUUGUGAUAGGGUUACUUACCUAGUAUUCAUAUGGUAGUGUGAGGGGAUUAGGCGCUGGAGGCGCCAGGGAGAGGGAGGAGGGGGAAGAAGGGGGAAAAGAAGGGGGGCGUGUGAAGAGCCGUGGGGUUGAAAGAGGAUGGCAUGGCGGCGGGAGGGAGUGGGGGAGUGGGGGAGUAAAGGUAUGGAAGCAGGAUGAGGGUUUGACCGUGAUUGUCGGUGGUCAAUCUUCCUUGAAGGAUCGGUCGGUCACUGAUUACAACCGUACAGGCAAAUGCUUGGCGUGGAGGACCCAUUGAAUGGGCGAGCGAGCAAGGCGAAUGCUUGGCGUGACCCCAUUGCCCAACCAUGAGCCACUCAUGGAGUCGCAUGGUGGUGAUAAUGAAAUACGGUGUUGUGGUGCGGUACGCUGUAACUUCAGAGAGAAUGGUCACAGCCAUGUUCAUUUGCUAUUGCUUCUUGUGCAAUGUACAAAAAGGAAUUGCAAUGCAACGCACCAUCAACAUCAGGCGCCUCCUUCCAUCCACUUUGCCGUGAUACGCUGUCAACAAACCACAAUCAAACCGCCCAGUGCAG